AUGCCCUUGAGACCAACGCCAAAGCCUCCACACACGGGUGGGCUGGGCGUCGCGCUCGUUGUGGAUGUAGUCGACGAUGUAUCGGUGGUCGAGGAAAUCGGUGUAGUGCUCAAUGACAACGAAGAAGAUGAUGACGAGGACGACAGACUGCUAGUAAACGUGCUCGAAUCACUGGAAGUUGAAGUUAUGAUUGUAAUUGUUGACAGUGAGGAGGAGGAGGAGUCUGUGGUGCUCAGUGAGAAUGACGAAGAACUGCUGGCAGAAGUGCUCGAAGCACUAGAGGUCGUUGGGGUGAUGAUAGUGGACGAUGACAGCGAAGACGACGAGUCGGUGCUGCUCGCUGAAGACGACGAAGGCGAUGAACUGCUAGCCGAUGUGCUCGAAGCACUGGAGGUCGGAGUCAAAGUAGUGGUUGAUGACAAUGACAACGACGAGUCCGUGCUACUCGUUGAAGAUAACAAACUACUACUUGCAGACGAACUUAAGUCGCUGGAGGUAGGUGUUGCACUGCUUGAAGAUGAGGAUUCAGUACUACUAGUUGAGCUCGUCGAGACGCUGCUGGAGGAGCUCGAUAUGUCCGAUGUGCUUGAUGAAGAGCUGCUGGAAGAGCUUUCGGAUGACGUAGUACCUGACGAGGAGCUUGGUGUCAUGGUGAAUGAUGAAGGCAUGGAAGAGCUUGACAUGCUGCUUGUGGCAGGGACUUCUCCCGAGGAAGUCGAGGCGCUGCUUGAUACCGUGGACGAGGUGCUUGAAGUGGCGGAGGGCUCAGUUGGAGUACUAGAUGAGCUACUCGAGCUCGUGCUUGAUACAUCGCUUGUGGUAGAUGAUAAUGUGCUCGCACUGCUGGACAAGCUGCUAGAUGAGCUGCUUGAGCUAGUAGACGAACUACUAGGUGUUGUAGAUGAAGAGCUGGAGGAACUGGACACAGUCGGUGUGCUUGACGAGCUGCUAGACUCAGUCGACGAUUCUGAAGAGCUAGACGAGCUGAAUGAAGUUGGCGCGGUAGAGGAGCUAGACGAGCUGCUACUGUCGGUCGAGGAUACUGAAGAGCUCCCUGUGCUGGACAGGCUACUGGAAGUCAUCGAUGAGGAGAUGGAGGAACUGGUCACAGUGGGCGCGCUAGAUGAGCUACUUGACCCAGUCGACGAUAUCGAAGAACUUCCUGUGCUGGAUGACGAAGGAGCCGAGCUUGAAGAACUAUCUGAGCUUGUGGAUGACGAUGUACUUGAGAUUGUGCUGCUGGCAACAGCACUGGACACCGAUGAGGAGGAAGUCAUGCUCAAAGUUGAGGAACCCAUGGAAGACGACGGUGUAAUGGUUGGGCAGGACGUCCCAGUGAUCGUGACGCUGGUAUACGUUGUAGUCUCAAUAUCGGUCACAGUCUACGACACUCGAUCAGCCACUGCUCAUCAUACACCGACAUGA